GUUGUUUGUUUAAAUGACGUCAUAACCCGGCGACCAUUCAGCGGGACCGUCGCCGCGUUUGAAUCGAACUGGUUUGGCCCCUCUUCAAAAAGCUAAUAUUCUCCGAAAGGGAAGACUUUCCUUGGGAAGAAAUCAAUCGACAUGAUUGAAAAAGAGGACCCGAUCAUCAGCGAGGAGGAAGCGGCGCAGUAUGACCGCCAGAUCCGUCUGUGGGGGCUGGAUGCCCAGAAGAGGUUGCGGGGGUCCCGGGUUCUCCUGGCAGGCCUGGGUGGUCUCGGCGCUGAAGUGGCCAAGAACUUGAUCCUGGCUGGAGUUAAAGGUCUGACUCUGCUGGAUCAUGAACAGGUGACAGAGGAGUCGUGUCGAGCUCAGUUCUUGGUUCCGGUGUCUGCUCGAGGUCAGAACCGAGCCCAGGCCUCGCUGGAGCGAGCCCAGAAUCUCAACCCGAUGGUGGAGGUGCACGCCGACCCCGGGAGGGUCGAGGACAAACCGGACGACUUCUUCCUGCAGUUUGAUGCUGUGUGUCUGACAGGUUGCUCCCGAGACCUGAUGGUUCGGGUCGACCAGCUCUGUUCUCAGCACCGCAUCAAGGUUUUCUGUGGAGAUGUGUACGGUUACUACGGUUACAUGUUCUGCAACCUGGGCCAGGAGUACAGCUACGUGGAAGAGAAACCUAAAGUGGUGAAACCGUCAGGAGAUUCCAGCGAUGGUCCAGGAGCGAAGAAAGCCAAAGUCGAUCCCAACGAGACCACCAUGGUGAAGAAGACGGCCAGUUUCUGCACCCUGAAGGAGGCUCUGGAGGUGGACUGGACGACUGAAAAGGCCAAAGCGGCUCUGAAGAAAACCCCGGUGGACUAUUUCCUGCUUCAUGUGCUGCUGAAGUUCCGCACAGACAAAGGUCGUGACCCCGACCCACAAUCCUCUGAGGAAGACGGCGAGCUGCUGAGACAGAUCCGCUCCGACGUGCUGGAUGCGCUGGGGCUGAGCGCCAGCCUGCUGAACGACGACUUCAUCAGCUACUGCUUCUCUGAGAUGUCUCCAGUUUGUGCUGUCGUGGGAGGAGUCCUCGGACAGGAAGUUGUCAAAGCUCUUUCUCAACGAGACGUUCCUCACCGAAAUUUCUUCUUCUUUGAUGGCCGCAAAGGACACGGCAUGGUCGACUACUUUGGACCCAACUGAGCGUGCUCAGUGAGCGUGCUCAGGAGAGUUUUACAUUCAAACAUGUAAAACAAUUCAGCAAACUUUUUUAUUGGAGUCACAAAACCUUUAUUUUCCCCAGUUCUCUUCUGCAUUUUUUUGUUUACUAAUAAAACUGUGUUUUGUAAAAAAAAAAAAAA